ACCGACUUGAAAACUGGCAAGUCUUGCACACGCUAGCCUAACCUAGCUCAGUCAACGCUCGUGUCAUUGUAAUUUAGUUUGAUUGACCAUCUUGUCGGCAAACGUUCCUCACAAAAUGCAUCCUCUUAGGCUUACUGCCUCUGUUCUAUUUGCUUGCUGUCUAAUUUUUACUAUCGCAAAGGCCGAUGACAAGACAACAAAGGGUCCAAAAGUAACAGACAAGGUAUGGUUUGAUGUUGAAAUUGGUGGUGAAGCUAUUGGGCGCAUUGAGAUUGGUCUGUUUGGCAAAACAGUUCCUAAAACUGUGAAAAACUUUGUUGAAUUGGCCAAAAAACCAGUUGGGGAAGGCUAUAAAGGCUCCAUCUUCCACCGAAUCAUCAAAGACUUUAUGAUUCAAGGAGGAGAUUUCACCAACAAGGAUGGAACUGGAGGUCGCAGCAUCUAUGGUGACCGAUUCCCUGAUGAGAACUUCAAGUUGAAGCAUUAUGGUGUUGGCUGGCUAUCAAUGGCUAAUGCUGGAAAAGAUACUAAUGGCUCCCAGUUUUUCCUGACAACCAAGAAAACCUCAUGGCUGGAUGGUCGUCACGUCGUUUUUGGAAAAGUCAUCAAGGGCAUGGACGUCGUUCGGAAGAUGGAGAGCACUAAAACAGAUGGUCGUGAUAAGCCUGCUAAGGAUGUUGUAAUUGCGGACUGUGGUGCUGAAGUUGUCGCAGAACCUUUCGCUGUAUCAAAAGACGAUGCUACGGAUUAAUCGAUGUAUGCGUAUUGAUUAAUUGAUUAAAUAAACUGAUAAGUUUUGACUUA